AUGGAUUAUGGGGACGCCCAGGCAAGCCACGACGGUCAGGUGCACGACAUGAUGAUGGAAGACGGAGACAGCGUUCCUGCCAACGCUAUUUCUGAGCUGUAUAUAGAAAGCGAUAGACACGCUCCAUCUCCUAUUGAUAUCAGAUACAAGCAACGAAAGGGAGUAUUCGUUUCGUACAAAGUGGCAGCUGGAAUACUUGUGUGUUUUUUAGUGAUAUUAAUUGUGGUCGGUUUGGUGGUGGGUUUAGCGGGAAGAGGCCGACCACAAGGAGACGGACGCAGCAGUGCUGUUGUCGAUAACACGACGUUCGCAACAAGCACCCUCGAUCCGAGCAUUCCCUGGAACAAUAUCCGUCUGCCGCCACACAUCAAACCGUCGCACUACGAGUUGAGAUUGACCCCCGAUGUAGACGUUACCGGGGUUUUCUCCGGCACCGUGUCCAUUGUCGUCAGAUGCCAAAAAACAACCGACGUCGUCAUCCUGCACGCACUCGCGCUGAACAUCACCGGGCAGAUAACGGUGAGAGACGGUGCGACGAACAGACAUAUUGACGUAGUCGAGGACUUCCCUUUCCCGCUCAACGAGUUUUAUGUUUUACGUCUCAGUGAGAGUUUAAAAGUAAACAAUAAUUACGUCAUCACAUUUGAGGAAUUCCAAGGUGGGUUGUCACAGGAUUUGUUCGGGUUGUACAUCAGUUCUUACGAGACAGCCACAGAUGAUGGAGGAACGACAAAAAGUUAUAUCAUGUCAUCGCAGUUCGAACCAACCUUUGCCAGAAAAGCCUUUCCUUGCUUUGACGAGCCUGCAAUGAAGGCCUCGUUCUCACUCACCGUCAUCCGGGCACCUUGGUACAAGUCGUUGUCAUGCACGAAGAAAAAAUCCACCAAUAGACUGCCAGAAUCGUCGCUGUACGAGGAUGUGUACGAAGUGACCCCUGUUAUGUCGACGUAUCACCUCGCCGUCACGCUUUCAAAUUUCGAUUAUUUGGAGUUAGUCAGACCUAACGGACAUGUCAUACGAGCGUGGGCGCGCCCCCAAGUGCUGGAACACACUAGGUUCGCGUUGGAAGUUGCCAAUUGGACGUACGGGUACUUUGAAGAGUAUUUUAAUAGGAAUGAUAUCAUAACCAAAACAGGUACGAGUAUUGUCACGGUUGAUUUAUUCGCUGUUCCCGACCAUGCAUCUCUUGGAAUGGAAAACUGGGGGCUUAUCACGUUUCGUGAGAGUAUUAUGAUUGUAGACGUACAAACGUCUUCGGCGACAAGCAUAUUUGAUAUCGCUACUGUUGUCGCACAUGAAGUCGCCCAUAUGUGGUUUGGAAACCUCGUGACCCCACAAUGGUGGGAUGACCUCUGGUUGAAGGAAGGAUUCGCAAUGAAAUUUGCAUAUCAAUCACUUGAUGUUAUAUUCCCGCAAUGGAAAGUGGCCGAAUUGACCCUUGACCUCGCCGUCCAACCGGCAUUAGAGUUAGACGCGUUUAUGAAUUCUCACGCGAUGACGUCACCGAUCGAGAACCCGAAGGACAUUUCUUCGUACUAUGACGCUGUGGCGUAUUUGAAAGGUCAAAGUAUCAUUCACAUGCUGCAGUAUUUUGUUGGUGACACUGCUUUUCAAAACGCAAUGAGGUCAUACUUGGCUAAAUAUGCAAAUUCCAAUGCUGACGUCGAUGACUUAUGGCGAGAAUUCUCAUUGGCCACUGGUAACAGUAUUGACAUUAAGGAAACCAUGAAUACCUGGACUCGUCAACAAGGUUACCCAGUGACGUCAGUGUCACGUAGUGGACCCCAAAGUAUGCGUCAGAUACACGUAGCUCAGGAGUAUUUUGUCAUCAAAACAGACGACAUGGACGUCGACUACACUUCAAGUCCAUACAGUUACAAGUGGCAUGUGCUUUUCACGCAUAUCACGCGAGAUGAGAGAAGAUUGAGCGAGAACUGGAUGAAACUAGACAAUGUCACAUUUCAAUUGACGUCUGAUUAUAGCGGAAAUUGGAUUCUGGGUAAUAAGGACCUGACGGGAUUCUAUCGCGUUAAUUACGAAAACGACAACUGGGAUUGGAUAAUAGAUCAGCUUUCACGUGAUUUUCAGCAGUACACUGCCUCUAGUCGGGCCGCCAUCUUGGAUGACGCGUUUGCAUUACAGAGAGUUGGUUUACUCGACACACAUCGUGCUCUCAGUUUGACGCUAUAUUUAAACCAGGAGAACGAAUAUUUACCGUGGACUGCUGCUAUGCGAGGUUUUAACUACGUGCGUGAACGAAUGUACCUCAGUGAAUCAUAUGGAAUCUUACAGAAUUACAUAAAAGAUAAGAUGGGUCACGUGGCCGAUCGAUUGGGAUGGACCACUAGUGUUGAUUAUGGUCCCCUGGAGGCACAGGAACCAUUGCAACAAAGGCACCUUCGUAACCUGGCUUUGAAAACGAUGUGUGAAAAUAACGACGACGACUGCAUCAGUCAAGCUCUUGCAAUGUUUACUGGCUGGCUGGAAAGGGACGAGCCUGUACCGGCGGACCUGUGUAGACUUGUUUACUCUGUUGGCGUGAUGAAUGGCGGGGAACAAGAGUGGGACAUCGUGUGGAGUAAACAACAACUCAAUGACGACGGCGACUUGCGUCAUGCUUUGGCACAUACUACGUAUCCAUGGUUACUGUGGAGGUUCAUGGAAUGGAGUUUAGAUGACAGCAAGACACGUAUGAUGCAUGGCCCUUCCAAUAUCGGUAAUGUUGGCAGAACUCAAACAGGACACGCACUGGCGUACGAUUUUGUCAUCGAAAACUGGAAUCUCAUAAAGGAAAAGUUCGGUAAAGUUGGAUUCGGCUCCAGGUCUUUUAUUGGUCGUGUGACGCAACUUGUGAACGACGAAUCACGGUUGAAACAGCUAAUGCAGUUAGUACACAAAGAUCCACUGGAAAGCAAAACCGCGAAAAUGGCAAUGGAAAGGAUUAAACUGAACAUCCAAUGGAAAACAAAAUACGAAGCGGAAGUGACGCAAUUUUUACAAGAUAACCAGAAUACAUAG